CCCUUUAGACGUUCAUUCUUGGAUGGGUGUGAAGCGUAGUAUGCAAGUUAACUGGUGCAGCAACAAGGACUGUUUGGGUCUACGUAAGCGUGUCUGCGGAUUGCAUCAAACUUGGAAGUGGCUACACCAGACGCCCGCCCUGCACGAAUAUCUCAUCUCCGCUAGCUCUGUGGCAGCAAACAUCGCAGUCAGCAAGUCCACCACGCUCUAAAGUCCAAAACAACAACCAAAAAAAAAAAAAUAUAAAUAUAAAAAAAAAAUAAACAAAAGCAAUAAACCAAAAGGAAUACGACAAGCAGAGCAGAACAACAAC